GUCACGUUUCGCUCUGGGUUUUCUAACCUAGUUGUUUCACCUGUGAUUCUUGUAACCUAAUCUUUGCAUGUGUAAUUUCCAAGUACGGAGCAACAGUUUGAUCAACUUUUCAUUAUGAUUUAAGCUUAACAUUGUUGACACAUUAAUUGUGAAAACUGUGACGUUUAUCGGAGAAUUCGGGAAAGUCUGUAAAAAUGUUGUCUACAGCUUUUAAGUGCUCUACGCUUUCCAAAGUUGUAUUAUCUGAAUUACGAUCUAUCCAAGGAAUAACGCAAAGAUAUUUUAAAUAUGAUAAGAAUGUAUUUUCGGUGGGAUUGACCGUUAGAACAAUUCUAACAAAGUGUACAAGAUCAUCUGAUGGAUUAGUGCGACCAACAAGUCUCCUUAAAUCUAAGAGCUUGUCACAAGGUUCGGUGCAACGGCAGCACUCAGGGUUGGAUGUCAAUACAAAUGUAAAGAAUAACGUAAUUUUAUAUAAAUAUGACAAUCCAAAACAAUCACGGAAUUUUAAAUUAUUUAUAUUUGCACAUUUAAUUGGUUGGUCCGUAUUGGCUUAUGCCAUAUACAAGCCAAGUUUGAUGGACAUAUUCACUACUGACAUAAGUAUGAAACAAUAUUUCCAAGAUCACGUAUGGCGGUUUCCAAUUUUUGUCUUUUCAAGUUUUAUAGGUCCAUCCAUGUUCCUACUGUUUUAUUUUCUGCAAUCUCGUACUUUAAAGUAUAUAAUUUUAAAUAAGGGCGGUGAAACACUUACAUUUAUUACUCAUCACAUGUUCAAAAGGAAAUCUACUAUAAACAAUUUACCAGUCAGAUCGGUAAGCAGUACCAAACAUAGGACAGAUGAUGGAACAUAUAUAUCACUUAAAGUAAAAAAUAGACCGUUUUACUUUCUCGUCGAGAAAACCGGUACGUUUGUAAAUCCGAAACUUUUUGAUUAUGUGAUGUUAAUCUCGUAAUUAACCAGGUUUAAGAAAGAAUAUUAUUAUAUUCAAUUUAUUCUAGGCACAAAUGAAUAGCAUCAUUUAACCAUGGACAUGUUUUUUUAUUUCGCUCAUUGCUACUAAUGUAAUUGAUUUAACACGUUUCCUAUUUGCACGCAUGUACUGUGCAUAUUUGUACGAUAAUAGGGAUUCCCUUUUCGUUUAUUAUCAAUUUGUUAACGAUCUCAGGAAGCAUGGAUUGGUAUUUUCAACAUUCAAUGCCGUGUGAUUAAAUUUCCUUCUAGUGCAGGAAUAUCUGUCCAUUUCGGGACUAGUUUGUCCACCGUACAUCUGCAUGUAACUAAACAUUAUUACGGAAAAUUGUAAAAUAUAAAUUCGAAAUAUAAAUAAAUAUAUAGAUUUGUCGUCAAUCAGUUCGUUACGUUCGAAUGUAAAACACUAAUAUAGAUUUUUGUGAAAUGUUCUGUGUUGUGCGUGUCUAACGUGUAACUGAAUUCAGCUACACGUUAGGCACGCACAACACAACGUUUCACGAAAAUCUAUAUUAGUGUUUUAAGUAACGAACCGAUUGAUAAUAAAUCUAUUUAUUUAUUUAUAUGUAUUUCGAAUUUAUAUUUUCGAAUUCUCUGGAAUAAUGUUUAGUUACGUGCAGAUGUACGGUGACAAACCUGUCCUGAAAUGGACAGAUACUCUUGCAUUUCCUAGAAGGAAAUUUAAUCACCCGGCAUUCAAUGUUGAAAAUACUAAUCCACGCUUCCUGAGAUCGUUAAUAAAUUCAUAUAUAAACGCAAAUCUACAAAAAAGGAAUCCCUAUUAUCAUAUAAAUAUGUAUGAUGCAUGCAAAUAGGAAACGUAUUAAAUCAGUUACAUCAGACUAUGGAUUCGGCGACACAGUUCGACGUUAGCUUUAGCGACGUCUUAUUAUCGCUUAGGCAUAAUUUACAAAGACUGUAAAGAAUUUAGAACCUUCUCUAGAUAACUUGUCAAAAUCUCGCAACUCAUUACAAGGAAAAGAUCCUAAAACAAUUUUAAUUAUUGUUAAAACAUAAUUAAUAGCAAUGAGCGAAAUAGGAAAAACACGCCGAUGGUUAAAUGAUGCGACUCAUUUGUCUGGAAUACAUUGAAUAUAUAAUAAUUUUCUGAAACCAAUUUGCAUGUAUUUGACUGAUCUUUCAAAGGAAGAGGAUUGUAAACUGUUACGAAA